AUGAAGCCCAAAGCUGACCGUGGCUUCAGGCGGGGGCUCAACCUGUAUCAUUAUCUAUGCCUUCUCCUCGUCGCCUCAGCUCAGGCUCAAGAUUGUCCAACUUUACCAUGUACGGCUUCGAUUGCCGUAUAUGGUACAGCUCCUCCAUCGAAUCCUACACCUGCAGCUGAUCCGCCGAAGAAAGAGCCUGAUCCAGAACCUUCACCAAAGCAGGAUCCAGCACCAGCUCAGCAACAGCAGCAGCAGCAACAGCAACAGCAGCAGGCGGCCCCACCUGUGCAACAACCUGCUGCCGUACAGGUUCAGCAGAAAUUUUUCAUCUUCAUCGAGCUCAUCUUCAUCGAGUUCAACUUCUUCUUCAUCAUCAUCUUCAUCUUUAUCACCAUUUACAUUCCCUUCGUCUCAAAAGCCGUCUUCUGGUACUACGACAUCAUUACCCUUGCCAUCAUAUAUAACAUCCUCUUCGAUCUCGGGGACAAUAACCUCAGCGCCUUCUUUGAGCGCAACCAUUCAUCCGGUUGCGGGCAGUGCUCUGUCCUUGCAGAAAAGGUGUCCGUAUACUUUUUCCGUACCGAGUCAGUGAAGACCGCUUGCGGGCGAGGAUUGAAUGAACAGGACGCAAAGCCGACUGGGGCUCCAGCAGCCGGCAACUCGUAUGCGCGGAAUGCGACGACGUCACUUGCCUCUGCGCAGGUUGCUGGAGGCGGAGGAUCGCAGGUUCUAGAUGGCUUUACGUUCACCUACCCUUCAACCUACAUAUCGGUGGUGGGAGGUCUCUCGGUUUCUGAUUCAUGUGGAGUGAAAGGCGGCCAAUAUACCAACCCGAAACCAUUCGCUGUGCAGGCCAUCACCACAGCCUCUUACGCUUCAUGGCCCUCGACUUGUCGCUCACAGGGAGGUUAUGUAAAUGUGGUCAUCGACACCUUGAAGCAAGCAGAUAUCGCAUGCCCAACUUGGGGUGUUUCUGAUCCCUUUUACACCGUGUGCGAUGGUCAUCGCUACCUCACCGCCACAUACGGCGCUCCGUACAAUCCCGUCAUUCUCGUUCCCAAUGAGAUCUUGGGUCUAGACCCAGCAUGGGGCGCUUGUAAGAAUGCGCCUCGUGAUGGUCCUUUUGUGAUGCCCUGUGGGGUGUAUGAUCCACCACGGGCACUUCAGACAAGCGAAAACAUGGCUCCAGCUGGAGACCCUGGGAGUGCAGGGAUGGCAUCUCCUGUGGCUCCAGUGGUAGGUCCACAGCAAACGGCGGAUCCGCAGGUGAAGCAGUCGACAAAUGGGCAGGGAAUGGUCGCACCGGACGCAGAAGCUCAGACCGAAGAUCCUAAGAAGGCCAAUGCAGGCGAUGGCAACAAUGAUCCAAAAGCGCAAACCCCUGCACAAUCAUCUCAACCUGCUCAAGAGGAUCCGAAGACCCAGGCGCAGGACCAAAAAGCAGCAGAUCCUCAAAAUCAAGCUGCCCCUCAAGCCCAGGAUGGGAAAAACGCCCAAUCGCAGAACCAGGCUUCAAAUGAUCCGUCUCAGAAGGACCCUGGGGCUCAAACACCAGCAGGUCAACAAGCACCGAAACAAGAUGCAAAUGCUCAGCAGCCAGCUAAUCAAGGUGCAAACACCAAUGCAUCCCCAGACCCGAACAACCAGAAGCAAACCAACGCAGAUCCCAACUCGGCCGCGAAAGCAGACCCGAAUAACCAGAAACAAACCAACGCGGAUCCAAACUCGGCCGCGAAAGCAGAUCCAAAACCAAACACUGGCGGGUCAAGUCAGCAAAACCCACAAGCACCACCAGUCGUACCGAUCGCCCAGACAACAGUCGCACUCCAACCCCAAGCGCAACCCCAACCAACACCCGGAGUCGGCCAGGUCGUGAAUGCAGCAUUUGGCGCAUCAGGACCACCAAAUGCAGCAGGAGGUCAACCAGCAGCAGGAAGUCAACCAGCAGGAGGUCAGCCAGCAGGAGGUCAGCCAGCAGGAGGUCAACCAGCAGCAGGAGCCGGAUCAUCUCCCGCAGGCAACGCAGGAAAUGUCGCAAGUGGAGGCCAGCAACCCGCCGCAGCCGCAGCCGGACAAGUCCCAGGCGCAGGGACUGGGACAGGUCAAAACGCCGCCCCAGCUCCAGGCUCGAACGCGGCGCCAGCUGGCCAGGUAAACACUCCCCCCAACGCAGCAGCGCCACAGAACCCAGCAGUGCCAGCGGGUCAAGCCAACGCACCACCAGCAGCAGCAGCAGCGGCGCAACCCUUCACACCCCACGCAGUCGAAAUCCAGGGACAGACGGUGCAAGCUAUCAACCCCUCCGCCGCAGUCGUGGCGGGGCAGACGCUCUCAGCAGGUGCACCAGCCUUCACCUCGAAUGGCCAAUUCAUCUCCGUGGCGAGCGGGGGGAGUGUUGUAGCUGGCACGUUGGGACCUGCGCCGGCUACUUUGAGUGUGGCGGGGGCGGUGUACACCGCGAACCCAUCCUCUGCGUUCGUGAUCGCGGGACAGACGCUCACGCCUGGUGGCACGGUGAACGUGCAGGGCACACCCAUCGUAUUACCAAGUGGCGGAAAGUCGGUCGUGGUUGGGGGGAGCACGCAAGCUCUCCAAACCCCUGCGCCGACUUCUGCUGUGGAGAAUGGGGCGGUGGGGUCAGGGCCCGCUGUCCUUACGUUCGCGGGCCAGAUGUACACCGCCUCACCAGCUACCAGCGCGGGCGGGGCCGGGGCAGGCGACAUCGUCAUCGGCUCUCAAACCCUCACGCCCGGCGGCGCAGCGAUCACCGUGUCCGGCACUGCCAUCUCCGUCGACGCGGCGGGCAAGACCGCUGUCGUAGGGAGUAGUACGCAGCUUCUCUCCCAUCCGAGCAUCACACCGCCUCCAUCCUUGACGAUCGCAGGCCAGGUUUUCACAGCAAACGCCGCUUCCGCGUUCGUGGUUGCUGGGCAGACAUUGGCGCCUGGCGGCGUGGUGACGGUGUCCGGCACGACGGUGUCGUUGGGAGCGGAUGGGAAGACUGCGGUUGUGAAUGGGGUGGCGACGGCGCUUGUGCCGAUCAACGGGGUUGUGGGGAGUGCGAUCGUUACGUUGGGAGAUGGGGAGGUGGUUACGGCGCUGCCGACGGGGUUUGUGGUUGCUGGAUCGACGGUGCUUCCUGGGGGGCUGCCGUUACUGUGGAUGGUGAUGUUUUGA